AUGAGGGGUGGUGCGGCUAUAAGGGGGGGUGCUGCUAAGAGGGGUGUUGCUGCUAGAAGGGGGAUUGCUGCUGCUAGAAGGGGGAGUGCUGCUGGUAAGAGGGGUGGUGCUGCUGGUAAGAGGGGUGGUGCUGCUGGUAAGAAGGGUGGUGCUGCUAUUAUGAGGGGUGGUGCUGCUAUUAUGAGGGGUGGUGCUGUUACAGGGGGUGGUGCUGCUGCUAUGAGGGGGUAUGACUGGAGGAGAGUGGACAGGGGAGCAGGGGCGGAGGAGAGGGGAGCAAGAGUGAAGGAGAGUGGUGAGGGGGGAGCAGGGGCGAGGGGGAGUGGGGAGUAG